GAUUAUAUAAUUGAUAAAAGUCUCAGUAAUUAUGAAACACUUAUUGAGCUAAUAAUUGAUAGUUUAAAGUCAAAUCCCGAUGACAUUUGUCUGAUUGACUGUACGAUUGAUAGAAAAUGGACAAAACGCCAGGUGCUGAACGGAUCGGUCAAGUUUGCCAACUAUUUGAUCAGUGAAUGUCAUGCAAUCAAAGGUGAUUGUAUUGGUUUUGUCGGCUACAACAGUGACAUCCAUGUGAUGGCCAUAUUUGGGGCACUGAUGGCCGGUCUAACCUGUUAUUCAUUGUCUGAAUCCAUAACAAUAUAUGAAUUUAAAGCUAGUAUUAUGAAAAUGAAACCAAAGUUUAUAGUUUGUCCCAAUAGAUACCUGGAUGCUAUUGUCAAUGAGAAAGACAAUUUUACAUUUAUCAAGACUAUGAUGACUAUGCUUGAAACUGUAAAUGGACCCAAUCACAAUAAUAUUAUUAAUAACAAUAAUAACAUUAUUAAUAAUAGCAUAAUUAAAUCGGUAGAAGAAAUUUGUUUGAAACUUUCAAAAACUACCAGUGCUGUAGUUAAGCUACCUGUGCACACUGAACCUGACAAUCACGUAACAUAUUUCAUGUCAAGCGGUACAACUGGUCAACCGAAAGCCAUAAUUAGGACAAACAAAAUCUAUUUGUCAGUCAUCGAGUGCCUAAUACAACCAAAUAUGAUACCACAAACAUCUGGAGGACAGUCAAAUGAUAUCUACCUAAGCGACAGUAUAUUUCAUUCCAGUGGUCACGAAACAUUGAUCCGGGCUAUUGUUAUGUCGACACCGGUAGCAGUGCUACGUAGUGAGGACAGUAUGGAUGACAUUUAUCAAUGUAUACACAACUAUCGGAUUAGUCAAGCGUUUAUGACACCGGCCUAUUUAAGCUAUUUAGUCAAAAAUAUGGAUAAAUAUACUAGUGAAUAUCUGGGUAGUUUAAAAUGUCUAUAUGUUGCUGGUGAUUUUUUAAAUUAUAACAUUUAUAAAAGUGUUAAACAAUAUUAUAAUAUUGACAAUAUAUUAAUGGUUUACGGUAUGUCGGAAAUGGGAUUUAUAUGUCAAUCACCGCCUGAUAUCGAUAACAAUAAAUAUCGGUCUACUGUCGGCUAUGUGGGCAAAGUUUGUCCAAAUUUGCGGAUAAAAAUAUUAAACGAUUCGGGUUCGCCACUGCCGGCCAAUUCAUUUGGAAAACUAUACGUUUCGGGAUUAGCGGCAACACUUGGAUAUUUAAAUGACCCGGAGCAAACUAACAAUUUGUUGACUAACGAUGGUUAUGUCAUAACUGGUGACAUUGGCUAUUACGAUGAUAAUCAUAAUGUCUAUAUAGUUGGCCGAUCCAAAGAUAUCAUUAAAGUUUAUGGUAAUAAUGUAAUGCCAUCUGAAUUGGAAAAUGUAUUAAGCGAGCACCGGUAUGUGAUGAAAGCGGCUGUCAUCGGUAUCGAUGACGAUCUAUUAGGUAGCGUUCCCAUGGCUUUUGUUACUGUCGACGAUAGCGUAUCAGUUAGUGAAGAGGAGCUUAUGGAUUAUGUGGACAAACGAGUCAGUGAUCAUAAACGACUGAGAGGUGGCAUCAAAAUAGUCGACUCAAUGCCCGUCAAUCAUAUGAAUAAAGUGAUAAAAUCUCAAUUAAGAAAAUUAAUUUUGUAG